UAGCUUGAAUCCUAUAUACAGGUAUUAAGAAAAAAAACUAACAUGCGUAUAAAAGCCGAAAUCAUAACUUCAAAUUCUAAUUUCACCGCAACUUGAGUCUAUGUAUGGGUUUAUUUGCUAUUACAAAAUCAAAUCCAAAUCAGCAGCAGGUGAACCAGCAAAUGGCCAUGUUCUUUGUCUACAUACUGAGCUAGAAGUGUAAAUGCCUUCUCGACAUUUAAGAUCCUAUAUCUAUCAAAGAUUUCUGUUUGUUAAGGGAACUCAGGAAAAUUUUGUCUUCUUGAAAUGACAGUCAUAAUUGAUCAAUCCAAUAAAGAUUUCCGCAUGACCAAUUAAAAGUUACAUUAGACAUCACACCAACCAGCAUCAGUCCUUGAACAUCACGCGUAGCUACAAAGUGCACAAACAGUGACAUCCAACUUCAUUUGUGUUCUUUAAAACACGAGAUAUAUCAAUUUCAUUAGAUUGAGAAGGAAAGAAAGAUAUAGGACAUGAUGGACAAUUCCUUUUGUUCAGAAUAUUGGCCUCAAACUGCUGGUCUCAAUCAAGAUUCACUUUUUUCACUCCCACAAGUUCCUAAUAUUACCUCCUUCAAACUUCAAAAUUACCCUGAAUCCUUCCAAGGGGGAACUGCAAGUGCUUCUAGGAGCCACAGUGAAGCUGAAAAAAGGCGCAGAGACAGAAUUAAUGCUCAGCUUUCUACUCUCAGAAAACUUAUUCCCACUUCUGAAAAGCAGAUGGAUAAGGCAGCUCUAUUAGGAAGUGUAGUUGAUCAUGUUAAGGAUCUGAAAGGAAAAACAACAGAAAUCAGCAAAGUGUUGAACACUCCAACAGACAUUGAUGAAGUAAUAAUUGAGCAUUUAAAUGAGGAAGAAAACAAAGGGCCCGCAAGCACGAGCACAAGCAAGAGGAAGGAUAAUAGUGUGAUUCUUAAGGCCUCUUUUUGUUGCGAUGAUCGGCCUGAAUUAUUCUCAGAGCUACAGCGGGGGAUUAAGAACCUGAAACUAACAAUUAUAGAGGCUGAUAUAACUACUUUGGGUGGCAGAAUUAAGGGUAUUUUUCUGCUUUGUCACAGUGACAACUUUGCAAAAGAUGUUUGCAUGAAUUCUCUCAAACAGUCUCUCAGAGUAGUCCUCUCUAGAAUUGCUAUAUUCCCCUCUACAUCCCACUACAGAACUAAAAGCAAGAGGCAGAGGUUCUUCUUGCCGGCUCAGGUUUCUUAAUUUCCUACUUUAUGAGUUUAACUUUUAUACUAUCAGGUUACUUUUUAACAUAACUGUAGGUGAUAACUCGGAAUAAGUGGAACUAGUUAUCUUAAAAAUGAGAGUUUAAGUUUUGUAAACAGUCAAUGUAAGCAUUUAUUACACUAUCAGUUCAUCCAAAAAAAUCUACAGGUAUGUUUCUUAAAAUGUGGGAUUUGAAAUAUUAAAAGUAAGAUAUGUUACCUGUUACAACAGAUAAAGAUGACAUGGUCAGGAUGUAAAAAUUAUUUACAUUGCCGUGAUAUUAAUUAAACUCUAAAAAUUAUAAGGUGGAUAACUUGCUACAAACAUGUUAAAUUACACCGUCUUUGCACUGUCUAUGUAUAGAGUUAAGUUCUUUUUAUUUAGUAAUAAAAAUCUAUAGCCCAAAUUUUAUGGCCCCUGGUUCUGCAAGUUCUUUGCUGGGGAAAGUAUCAUAUCAUUUGGCAUGGACAGAAUCUUAUUGGCAAGUGAAAAGUGUCUUGAAUUGACAUAGAUUUUCAAUGCGAUUUUGGACCCUGGUGUUGCUGUGCUUCAGUGUUUCUUUCCACCUGAUGUGACUUGUUUUGCUAUUAUGCAAAAUAAUGACCAAUUAUUUAUGGGUUUGCAAGGAAAGACAUAAUAAAUUAAGUUGAUAUUAGAAUGCAAGAAGAGCCAUAAAGGGUCUAAAACUUUUAAAGUAAGAAAAGUUUGAUUCAACAAAAUCAUUUUAUUUAAUUAAUUUUCGUAAUUCCAGAUAGGUCUAGUAUAACGUAUUUAAUGAUAAAAGUUGCAUAGGAGUACAUAGCCGUUAAAGUUGUUAUAGGCCGAGUGAUUAUUAGCUUUUGCAAUUGUUCAUUUAAGUUCCAGUAGGUUUAAAGUAGAAGUUUGUUUUAUUUCGCAUUAGGCCACUAAUGUUCUGGCAAUUGGACACAUUUGGUCUGGAUAGUUGUUUCUUCGUAUGAAAUAGGCCAGUUGUGGCGGUGGUCCUUGGAAUUGUUGGGAUAUAUACCAUUAACCAUGUGUUUGAUAUGCUAUAUUCUAAUAAUUAUCAUGGUUAAAAGUCUAUGUGGGAGAUUGUUGGAAUAUAUGCUAUUAACCAUGUAUUUGGAUAUAGUAGUAUUUAUUAUAGAAAAAAUAUUUAUUCAAUUUUUAAUAAAAAUUUAAAUAGAGCAUAUAUUCGUAUGUGUGUCCUUCACUUAUAUAGUAGAUGAUUUAGUGUAUAGAGUUUAGCUUAUACAAGAAAGAUUAAAUCAUCAGUUCUUUUAAGUAUAAAGUUUAUAUUCACAAUAUAAGAUGGAAAUUGGACAAAGCCAUUGGUAUGAUUGUAGCACAAAAUUAAAUAUAAUUCAUCUUCGUUAUGGGAACGGUAUAGUUCUGACUUCUUGUUCUAGUACAUUUUGUAUGUAUUGAAUGGACCAAGUAGAGAUAAGUGUUUUUGUACCGAAUAUAUAAACAACUUCUCUAGUUCAUUAAAUGUACUUAUACUCUUAAUCUUGAUAUAAUUAUUAUGAUCAAGGUGAUUUAUUCAUUAUUUUGACUUAUCAAAAGACACGACUCUAUUGUGAGUCAAUGUAUACUGAUAGGUUGGAUAUUAACAAUUAGCAUUUGUGAAAUAGUAAUUAGUUGAUAGAAUUCAUGUCUCGACUUUGAAAUUGAUGAUUCCCCCUUAUGGAUGCUUAUAAGUUUUCAUGUGAAAACCCUGCAUGUGGAUUUUGUAUCCGUCACAUGAAAUAAGUUAAGCAGAAGUAUAAAGCAUUUAAUUAGUCAAUGAAUUAAAUUGUCAGUAAUUUAAUUUAGUUGAUUGGUAUCUGUAAUCUUAACAUGAGCAGUUAAAUAAGAUUUAAUGAAAGAUUUCGAAAUUAAAUUGAGGAGUGCAAAUACAAAUUUUUAGUGGAAUAAUUCACAAUUUAUUAUGGUAGAGUUAAUUCAGAUAUUUCAAAUUAAUUCCAUAAUAGGAAGUCCCUUUAAUUAAAUUAUGUGGCCCCUGGUGUGCACGAAUAAUAAAGAAUUAAAUGGAAUCCGAUUUCUUGGAGGAAAGAAAGAUUGUCCGACCCAAAUAGCAGUCGUGGUGGCACCUACACUAUUCCCUCUGGUAGGCGUACCAUUCCUAAAUCAUUUACCUCAUUUCAGGAAGUAGGUGAGGAAUUAAAAUAAUUAGAAGCAUAAUCUAAAUCAUAAUGACAUAAACAGGUGACAAAACAAGACUUUUAUAAAUAAAAUUCCCAAAAUCUGAUCUUACACGGUACAAGAGCUUCUACAUCAAGUUACAAGCUUGAAAAGACAUACAGACUCCAAAAUAGUAAACACUGUUCGUAAGAGUAGAAUAGACAGAGUACAUAAGAAGCGAUUCGGAAUGCAGGACCGGCUAGUGGCUCACCCGAACAUCUCGGUGAAAAUCCUCGGAAUCUACCUUGAUAUCUCAAACAUUAACCUGGAACAACUCUAAACCCCGAAAAAAGGUGUACCAAGAGUAGCAUGAGUACAAACACACGUACUCGUGGGUAUCAUAGGCCGACUAAGAUUAGUUAACACAUGAAAUACAAAAAUCAACGAGAAGAACAGAUAAGAUGGUCAACAACAACAAAAGGCACAGUAAGUCUCAAUAUCUUUCGGUCAUAGCCUAGGUUAAAGCUUUUAAACCACAAGUCUGCCAAGUCCUUAGUAAAUCCUCAACCAUAAGCUACAACACAAGAGAAUAACUAAUAAGAAUCCACUAAAGUAAUGUGUGAUACAAUGAUAAGACGUACAGUGCAAAUGGGAUGCAAUGCAAUGUGAUGCCAUGAUCAAUGUCUCGAACCUAUACAUACAUGCUAUAAGCAUUUUUCGCUUUAAUAGUCAUGACCCAUGUGGGACCCGCGGCGUCCAUGUACUAGCCACUCCGGAACAAACCUCAAAUCGUGACUCAGCCACUAUAUGUCCGAUACAGACCUCGGACUAUAGCAAUAAUAAUGUUACUAGCCACUCUGAAACAGACUUCAGAUCAUGACUCGGCCACUAUAUAUCCGGUACAGACCUCAGACUAUAUCAAUAAUAAUGUUACUUUCCUCUUUCUCUUUCUUUCCAUUUCAAAAUCCGUUCCCAUAACUCUUUCAUCAUAUAUGAAUGCAAGAAAUGAGGAAUCACAUGUAACUAAUGCCGGUUAAUAUGAGAUGGAAAUUCAUAAGCACUACAAUGACAAUUCCACCCCUGCACGGAUUAUCAAGACUAUCAUGGGAACAUAUCAGAUACUCAAUACCAAUCACAACAAAUAGAACUAGGACAACCCACACAACCACAACCACCUUGUUAAGUACAACACAUGUCAAUAAUUGCAUAAAGUACAGUGGCAAGCCCAAAUAAUCAGAAAUCAUACCAAGCCAGUGGAUUUAACACCACAACCAUUCCCGAAGGCCUAUCAUGCUUUCACCAUCAAUAACUACAUAACACAUGCAAUUCGCUAAUCAAAGUCUAAGAAAGGUAAGCCAUAACCUACCUCGAAGGCCGAUCAGGUGCCACGAACCUCAAGCCAGAUGCCUUCCCUUUGCGAAAGCCUCCGAACUAUCAAAGUCUAAUAAAAAAUUAAUCUACAUUAGCAACCGAGACUAACAACACCCAUAUUGCCAUAAACUUAUCUGAAUCGAAAAAUAACCUUAAAAGAGAAACCCGAGCCCACCAGGGCAAAAUUGGAAUUUCAAGUUAAAAUGGUUCACCCAACCCUUAGGAAGUCCAAUACCAUCCCUCAAAUCACUACUUUACCUCAAUUUAUCAUCAAUUUCAUCAUUAAUAGAAAACCCCAAAAUAGAGAAAACCCCUAACUUUUCCAUUCUCAAAUUUCAUGAAUUAAAGAGAGAUUCAACUUAAUAUCUGGUUAUCCCAAUUAUUUCAUGACUAGAUUUUAUAAGAUUUACCAACAAAAUCCAUUUUUAUAGCACAAGAUUCAUAAACUCAACACUAGGAUUUACAACCCCAUCUUCCCCAACUAAUCCCUUAUUUCCACCAUAGAGUCUAUACGUAGACCAUAAACAACACAAAUAGAGUAAAAGAGACUUACCCAAUGAAGAAUCAAGCCAAAAUCUCCUCAAAUCACCCUUAGAACUCUCUAGAUUUUAAUUUUACUGCACGGAAGGAGUGGGUUCGGAAUGGUGAAUAUAAGGUUUCUGAUAUCAGCGAUCUCGCUUACGCGAAACUUGUGUCCGCCUACGCGAUCCCACAAUUGCGGAGAAACGUCUGCAAAUGCGAAUUCAUUAAUGACGCAGCAUCCUCGCCGACGCGGAGGAAUGUUCGCCUGUGCGAUACCGCGCCAGCGGAAGGAACUUCGCAGGUGCGGAGAAUACUCUACUUAGCAGAAACUCGCAUUUGCGGACCUGCAGUGGAGAUCACCACGUCGUAGAAGCAACACACCAAAAAACCAGAUUUUCUGGUUUUCAUCAAGUUCAACCCAAAAAACCGACCUCCAUUCGAGACCUCCCGGAUACAAACCAAAUAUGAAGACACAGUUAAAAAUGCCUUACGAACUCAAUCAUGGCCUCAGAAUUCCCAACGAAGGUCACCUUGGCCCGGUCACGCCUAAACAGCCAAAUUAAGAUUCCAACCAGAGGCCCAAAAAGCUCCCGAGUGCCUCAAGAACCAAACCAGUCAUCCCACCAAGUCAUAAUUGACCCUCCGGACCUAAUGGAACCAAAGGAAAUCCCAAAAAGGUCUGUUUACCCAAAAGUCAACUAUUAGUCAAAGGUUUUUCAUAUAUUCAACUUAGAACUUAUAAUUUUCUCAUGAAAUAAGACUCGCCCCAUCACCUCGGGAGCCGUGCUACCCAUCCCCGCAAGUCAAACACGCUCUAUCAGGGCUAGAGUAAAGGUCAACGGGGUAAAAGGGUAAAAUGCCUAUACGAUCAAACGGGUCGUUACAAAGACCUAGCAGGUUUGGGAAAGGGUCUAAACCUUAAACAUGUAGUUAUAUAAAGGGUCUUAUUCCAUAAGGAGGCUACAGUCAUAACAAGUUUCUACACAAUUUUCAUAGAAAUUCGCCAACACAAAUGUCACAGAUUCUGGUAUUAUUCGGGUUACACAGUAGAAGAUCGUAGAACUGGGGGAUGAUCAUGAGGACGGUUUUUACUCAUGCUUGAAGGUUCGAAUUGGUGUCGUGGCCACGCUUCAAGAGAUAAGUAUCGAUUUCAUGUUUGAUUAAAAUUGAUGAUUAUGUGUUGUCUAUAUUACAUGCAAGUUCGAUCCUGGCUAUUUGCUUCCGCUGUUUAAGCCUGUAUUCCAUCAGGAAUAUCCUGAGCUAUUUAUUCCAUGUAUGUGUCCUUUCUCAGUAUUAAACUAUUAUGUAUAGCUACC